AUGCGUUUCACCAGCGUCCUCCUCACCCUCGCCACCUUCGGCAGCGCCUUCGCCGGGGCCUUCGAGACGGGCCCCCACGACAACAAGCUGGCAGCGCGCCACGACGAGUUCCGCGAGGACAUCAGCAAGCGCUGGGACGACGGCGGCAGCGUGUGGGCCUCCGGCACCUGCGACCACGACAACGACUGCCCGCGCGUGUGCCGCGACGAGUUCGGCAAGGACGCCUUCGCCGACGAGGGCACCAAGUGCUGCUCCGGCUGGUGCGCUUGCUCCGGCGGCUGCAAGGGCAAGGGCGGCAAGAACGAGUGCGACGCCGACAACGACUGCCCGCGCGUCUGCAGGGAGCGCUACGGCGUCGAGACCGAGACCAGCCGGUCCAAGUGCUGCAAGAGCACGUGCAACUGCUACGGCAACUACUGCGAGAACAGCGGGUUCGGUGGUGGCUGGUAG